AUGCAAAAAAUUUGGACAGUUGCUUUUGGCCUCGGGCUCCUGUUGGCCCCUCGCGUCAACGCCGAUGGCUUCAAGUGCACUGGACAAAAUGGCACUCAGUACAACGCGAGCACCACAUAUCUAGGCUGCUACACUGAUGCUACAACUCGAACCCUGAAUGGCAGAAUGACCAGUUCUUCCACCAACAGUCCGCAGUGGUGUGCAAACUACUGUGGCAACCUUGGGUACAACUACAGUGCAGUCGAGUACACCGUACAAUGCUUUUGUGGGUACAACAUCAACCCGGCUGCCAACAAGACCGAUGAGAGCGCAUGCUCUUCAACCUGCCCCGGAGACCCGUCACAGAAAUGCGGAGAGUCAUAUUUCAUGAACCUGUAUCAGAUCCAGAACCCGAACCCAAAUGCCGGCCCUCAGAACCAGCACCGACAGCCUGUGUGCCUGACUAAUCCAUUUUGCUCUCAAAGAGCCUGCGACAAGUCGCUCUCCAUUUCCGCCCGUGUGGCUGCUUUGCUCAAAUCGCUCACUCUGGAAGAGAAGAUAGCGAACGUGGUCGAUGCUGCGGCUGGUGCCUCGAGGAUUGGCCUACCACCAUAUGAGUGGUGGAGUGAAGCACUUCACGGAGUGGCUGGUAGCCCUGGUGUCACGUUCAAUCAACCAAAUGGGUCGGACUUCAGCUACGCGACGAGCUUCCCUAACCCUAUUCUAAUGGGCGCAGCAUUCGACGAUCCUUUGAUCAAACAAGUGGCAUCCAUCAUUGGCAAAGAGGCUCGCGCGUUUGCCAACUAUGAGCAGUCGGGACUCGACUUUUGGACUCCCAACAUCAAUACUUUCUUGGAUCCUCGUUGGGGUCGUGGGUUAGAAGUGGCCAGCGAAGACUCAUUUCACAUGCAGAACUACGUCAACAACCUCAUUCCUGGCCUUCAGGGCGGCAUGACCGGGUCUUCAAAGCAGAUCAUCGCUACUUGCAAGCACUAUGCUGUCUACGACGUGGAAACUAACAGGAAUGGACAGAACUACAAUCCAACCCAGCAGGAUCUUGGCGAGUACUAUUUCCAGCCAUUUAAGACAUGUGUUCGAGAUGCUGGGGCAGGCAGCAUCAUGUGUUCCUACAAUGCUGUCGAUGGCGUCCCAUCCUGUGCCAGCGAGUACCUACUGCAGACCGUGUUGCGCGAGGGCUUCAACUUUGACCAGCCGUACCACUAUGUCACCUCGGAUUGCGAUGCAGUCAGCGACAUUUUCGCCAAUCAUCAUUUCGUCGACAGCGCUUCGGCGGCCUCGGCAGUCGCGCUGAACGCAGGCACUGAUGUUGACUGUGGUACGACCUACUUGAAUCUUAACGAGUCCAUCGCGAACAAAUGGACGACUGAGGAGACACUCGAUAAGUCUUUAGGACGCCUCUACCAAGCCCUCUUCACGGUGGGUUACUUUGACGGCCAGCCGCAAUACGAUGGGCUUGCUUGGAGUGACGUCGGAACCGAAGGUGCGCAAUCACUUGCAUACCAGGCUGCUUGGGAAGGCAUGGCACUGCUCAAAAAUGAUGGCCUGCUGCCAUUGAAGACUUCCUAUCGCAAAGUCGCUCUGAUAGGACCAUGGGCGAAUGCUACAACGCAAAUGCAAGGUAACUACCAAGGAACGGCACCGUACCUCAAAAGCCCUCUGGAAGCUGCUCAGUCCCAAUUCAGGAAUGUCAACUAUGCCAUUGGUACGGACAUUACAUCGACAAACACCACCCGGGUCGCUGAAGCUAUCUCUGCUGCUCAAGGCUCGGACUUGAUCAUCUACAUGGGCGGCAUCGACACUACAGUUGAAGCUGAGGGCUAUGAUCGAGAGACUAUCACCUGGCCCAGCAAUGAGCUCGACUUGAUCCAACAGCUUUCUGAGCUCGGCAAGCCGCUUGUUGUUGUGCAAUUCGGUGGAGGACAGGUAGACGAUACCCAGCUCUUGCAAAACAAGAACGUCAACUCAAUCCUGUGGGCUGGAUAUCCAGGACAAGAUGGUGGCUACGCCGUUGUGGAUGUUCUCACUGGCAAGAAAGCGCCCGCUGGCCGCUUGACGACCACGCAAUAUCCUGCUGAUUACAUCAAUCAAGUUAGCAUUUUCGAUCCGAAUUUGAGACCCAGCUCCAGUAACCCGGGCCGAACGUACAAGUGGUACACUGGCAAGCCAGUCCUGCCUUUCGGAUAUGGCCUUCACUAUACCAACUUCAACCUCGAAUGGGCAGCGCCACCGAAGAACUCAUACGAUAUUCGUGGCCUUCCCGGCUCCAACUGGAACCAUGGUGGCUGGGGUGGUGGGCACCAAGGCGGCUCGCAAGCGACAGAUGCUUCGCCAUUCACAACAGUCAGAGCGCGUGUCAAGAACACUGGUCGAAGAACGUCCGACUAUGUCGGCCUCGUAUUCCUAUCGACGUCGAACGCUGGUCCCAAACCAUAUCCCAACAAGUGGCUUGCUUCAUACACUCGUGCCCAAGACAUUGCUCCCGGUGCUUCGCAGACUCUCGAACUGCCGCUCACCCUCGGAUCUAUUGCGAGGGCGAAUGAGAACGGUGACCUCGUAAUCUACCCUGGCGAUUAUGAGAUGACGCUGGACAUCGAUCCUAAGUUGAGGUAUCGCUUCCGGCUCACGGGCCCUCAGACUGUCUUGGAACAGCUGCCUAGGCAAGCUGCUUCGUACAAUUAUACUGUACCGGUUCACCCACAGUAA